AUGGCACCAGGAAACCACGACAAUGAUGUAAACAACGUAGUUUCCUCUCACUCAUUUAUGGAGGAAACAACCACCACCAAGAGGCAGAAGCCAGCAAACACUAUCGGAACCCUAACAUCACCGCCGCCACUACCCAGUCUUCCGUUAGAUCUUGUUGCCGAAAUCCUGUCACCUUCAUUGUCAACAAAGCGCCACCACCUCAUCGUAAGCACUACCAACAACUUAGGCGAGUUACUUCUCUUUGAUUCACCAAUACCCUCUGAUUUUUUAUUCUCUACUAUCAACCACACAAAACUCAAUUACCCUAAUUGUCUGAAAAUUGGAUACACUCCUCCUUCGCUUGGGUGCUCUCGCUCUUGUGACGGCAUCCUUUGUUUCACCAUAAAUAAUGGUCCUGCUGUUUUGUGGAACCCUUCCAUUAGAACAUUCAAGAUUUUGCCUCCUUUGGAUGAUAAACAUUUAUCCGCUUAUAGUUUCGGGUAUGAUCAUUUAAUUAAUAAUUAUAAGAUUGUUGCUCUUUCUCUUUGUAAGGACAAAACAGAAGUUAGUGUUCAUACUUUGGGUACGUAUUCUUGGAUAAAGAUACAUGACUUCCCAUAUACUAGUCCGUUAUGUGGGUCAGGAAUAUUUGUGAAUGGCAAUGUUAAUUGGUUGGCAUUAGAUGGUGUGACUUCUUCGUGUGUCAUUGUUUCUCUUGAUUUGACGAAAGAGUCAUAUCAAAAGCUUUUGCCACCUAAUAUGGAGAUGGAUCAUUGGACGACUUUGGGGGUUUUAAAGGAUUGCUUGUGCAUCUUUGCAAGUAAUGAUGUGUUUUUGAAUGUUUGGGCUAUGAAGGAAUAUGGAAAUGUAGAGUCUUGGACUAAAUCGUAUCAUAUUCCUCACAAGGAAUUUCAUGGUUUGUUUGCCUACACUUAUGAGAAUGAGAAUGACCAACUGCUUAUGGACUUUAAUGAGUUGGGACAUUACAGUUUGAAGUUGGUUGUUUACGAUUUCAAAAGCGGUACCUUGAAAACUCAUGAGAUUCAAAGUUUGCGAUAUGAUAUGGAGCCAGAAGUCUACAUUGAGAGUCUAAUAUCACCUUGUUUUUAA